GGGAGGCGGAAUGCAACAGGCUGAGCUCUAUCGUCGCCGUGAGAGGGACUUCUGACUGACAAACACAACUACUACGCUCCUUCCCCGCUCAGCUCUGCACUGACUCACCCUCACUAACACUGUGAUCUGAGUCUGGAUCUUGUCAGGUCUUGGUCAAGUGGCUACAGGUUUCUGUUUCACCCUCAACAGCAUCCCUCUCAACCCCCCUUCGGCCUGACGACAGAGCAGCCAGCGCCUGAGAGGGGCUGGAUGGCAGCAGCCCACUUCAAACUCACCGCAGGCCCCUGACGAAGACGCCGCAGGAAGAGGAAACAACAGAGAAAAGUCACCCAAAACAGCAGCAGCACUUUUCAUGAUGGCAACCAACAGGGAGCACCAAGUGCGUCACAUGACCGGGUUCCCUCGUGCCAUGUACCCGUUCACCUUUAACUCCAUGCGGAGCCACUCCCCCUUCGACCUGCUGGCCAGUAGCCACCUGUUCGGCCGGUUCGGGGCAGACCUUCCCAAAGAGAUGGCUGCAUUAUCUGUGGAGACUCAGAGCACCAGCUCGGAGGAGAUGGUGCCCAGCUCCCCUUCACCUCCUCCUCCUCCUCGGGUCUACAAGCCUUGCUUUGUGUGCCAGGACAAGUCAUCUGGUUAUCACUACGGAGUGAGCUCCUGUGAGGGCUGCAAGGGUUUCUUUCGGCGCAGUAUCCAAAAGAACAUGGUGUAUACCUGCCACAGAGACAAGAACUGUCAGAUCAACAAAGUGACCCGCAACCGCUGCCAGUACUGUCGGCUACAGAAGUGCUUUGAGGUUGGCAUGUCCAAAGAAGCGGUGCGUAAUGACAGGAACAAAAAGAAGAAGGAUGUAAAGGAGGAGGUGGUGCUGCCAGAGAACUAUGAGCUGAGUGGAGAACUGGAGGAGCUGGUUAACAAAGUCAGCAAAGCCCACCAAGAGACCUUUCCAUCUCUGUGCCAACUAGGAAAAUACACCACAAAUUCAAGUGCUGACCACAGAGUACAGCUGGACUUGGGCCUGUGGGAUAAGUUCAGUGAGCUGUCCACUAAGUGCAUUAUAAAGAUUGUGGAGUUUGCCAAGCGGUUACCAGGCUUCACUACGCUCACCAUCGCUGACCAGAUCACCCUCCUCAAAUCUGCAUGUCUCGACAUCCUGAUGCUGAGGAUAUGCACUCGCUACACACCAGAACAGGACACAAUGACCUUCUCAGAUGGCCUGACAUUAAACAGGACUCAGAUGCACAAUGCUGGCUUUGGCCCGCUCACAGACCUGGUGUUUGCCUUUGCUGGUCAGCUGCUGCCUUUGGAAAUGGACGACACUGAGACGGGUCUACUCAGUGCCAUCUGCCUCAUCUGCGGAGACCGUAUGGAUCUGGAGGAGCCACAAAAGGUAGACAAGCUGCAGGAGCCAUUGCUAGAGGCUCUGAAGAUCUACACCCGCCGCAGACGCCCAAACAAGCCUCACAUGUUUCCCCGCAUGCUGAUGAAAGUCACAGACCUCCGAGGAAUCAGCACCAAAGGUGCAGAGAGAGCCAUCACACUGAAGACAGAGAUCCCAGGCCCCAUGCCUCCGUUGAUCAGGGAGAUGCUGGAGAACCCCGAGGCCUUCGAGGACAGCAGUGACUCAGUAGACAGCGCCACAGCUGCUCCCCCUGCAAUUCAAGCCAUCAAACAAGAGGAGAAGGCGACGGAUGAGUCAGCCGUUGAGGAGGAAGAGGAGGAGGAAGAAGACGACUACUGGGAUGAGGAGAAAGAGCGAGGGGCUGACAGUGAUGGGGAGCCAUGGGGGGAGGCAGCAGCAGGCGUGCAAAAGAAAGGUGUGCCUGGGAAAACGCAGUGAGAGAGACACGAUGCUGCUGCUUCCACUUUCAGAUCACUGAGCCCUCGCCCAGCAGCAUCUCCUCCUAGAGACCUCACAUUAUUCGGCUCUUACACAACAACAGUGUUGCAUACAGCACAUAUUCACAUAGACUGUGCAUGUUGACUGAAAGGAAAAAUGUGUUAAAUUCAGCAUAGGAAGCAAUGAGUGGGAGAAGCUAAAGCACUAAACGUCAGUAGGUUGAGGAGAGCGAAAUGAAAAAUCACUGUGCCAAAACGAGACUGUCUAAAAGAUAUUUCAAAAGUGUUCUGUCCACCCAAAGAGGGAUAAGAGGUGGUGGACAGAAGAAAAUGCACUCCUCCGCUAUCUAUAAGGGCUAUGCUUUGUAUAAAAUUGAUGGUAAAAAAAAAUACAUUGCAACAACAGAACUCUAUGUGGUGUCCGUUUGCCGCAAAUGUCUUCUCAGAAUUCUUUUUAUUACUAUUCAGAGAUAUGCGACUUAUUUUUUUAUUGUAUGGUUUUUCUAAGCAUGUACACAUUUCUGUUCUGUCUUUAUGCCUGUUUGUGGGACUCUGUGUUGCUUUUUGUAUAUUUUUUCACUCAGUCCUGCUCACAUUUGACUGGACAUGUGUGAUUUUUUUUUUUAAUGCUUGUCUUCAAUUUUACACAUUUCUGCUUCAUUGGGCACAGUGAAAAUGCAAUAGCAAUGAGAGAGCAGGACUCAAACUCACAGUGUGACAAGCAUCUGGUAUGAAAAAUUUCUACCCAAAGAGAAUAAGAGGAAGACUAAAAUUUCUGAAAAGUCUGGUGCUUGUAAGACGCUAACAAAUAAUGCAGCAGCAUAUCUCCACCUCUGGACAAAAACACUCACAAUCAUUUUGAAAAAAUACUUAGACUAAAAAAUCUGCAGGGUAGAUUUAAUGUCAUCACGCAAUCUCAGGUUGACUCUGUCAGGGCCACAUCUCACCUGUCAAUACAGUAUUUUAAGAUAUCUGCUGGUGUGAAUGUUCCGACAUAACGCCCCCAUCUUCAACAAAUAAUCUUCUCAUACCAGUAUGGAUUAUUAAAAAUGUAAGCUUUUGACCAUGUUGUACAGCCUCUUAGUGCAGCAGCCAGGUACACAUAAGCCAUAAUAUUUUCCUUUUUUUUUUAAACAAAGAAUCAUCCAAACAGACAUAAUUACAUAAAAGCAGUUUACUUUACAGAAAACCUCAGGUGUGUAUGUGUGUGUGCAUGUGUGUAACUGAGAGCAUUUAUCAAUACACAGAGUGAUGUUGUAGAGAUGUUUCUGUCAUUACUAUCAUAAUCCAAAGUGAGCAUUUAUGCAGAAGUCCAACUUUUAAUAUCUAACCAAGGUGCUGGGGCAAAAAACGAAAUGUUUUUGUGUUUUUUAAAAAUCAAAUCACCCAAAGAUCUCCGUUGGACAUUACGACAUUUAUGCAAGCUGACCAAGAAUCACACGAUCAAUUAACCGAGUGUUGCAACCGUCCAACAUAAUUAAAACGAACGCUUUUCAUAGGGUGACAGGUCUGCUGAAGCGCAGGGCGAUACAAAUGAUGUGUGUUCAUGUGUGCUGUAUCUAAUGAGUGAUGCAAUACAUGGAUUUUGUAAAAUAAAUACUUAUAAUUUGUUUUUCAUUUUUCGUCAUUAUCUUUGUAAUUAAAGAGACAAUGCGAGUCUUUGUGAACUCCUUAAGGGAAAAGUUUCUCCAUCAGCAUGUUGUCCUACAUGAGACACUGCAGUACACCUGCAAUGUAUUUCUUAAUGUAGUUUGUUGAUACGAGGGAUAAAAAGUUGAAGCUAGUGUAUGAUUUCUGGAAUAGAGGACUGCAUGUUUCUGAUAUUAAUAUAUGGAGACACUGAAGCAGGUAAAGAGACGUAAAUAUAAGCAGAAAAAAGACCACAGUGGCAACUACACACCAGCAACUUUGAAGCAGUGACCACAUAUAUAAGUUAAAAAGGUCCUUAGUACUAAAUGUAAAGUGAUCAAGCACACAGAAGUUGAUUUUAAUAUUAAAUAAUCAACACAGAUGCCAUAAUAAUGUUUAUGGGUAAUGUUUUGGUUUUUUUUGGAACAUUUUUUUAACAUCAUUUGAGCUAUAGGAUGGAAACAUCACAAUGAAUUGAGUAUCUUCAGUGUUAAUCCUCACUUUGUUUAUCUUCUUAACACACACACACACACACACACACACACACACACAGACACACACAACAUACAUAGUCAAUAUUUUGCACACCAUCAACCAACUACAUACCAUGUUGAUAUGUAUUUAAAUGUUUCUGCAUCACAUAACCACAAUGUUUUAUAACAAAAUGUUUUUGUUUUUUCUUCAUUAUCUAUCUGUUCAAUUGUUUCUGUCUUGAAUUUGAGCUGGUGCAAUAAACAAGCCAUGGAAGAGGUCACAAAGGCCUCAGCUCUGUAUGUCAGCUAGUAUGAAAAAUGAAAUAAAAAGACCAAAGAUAUUACAUUUUGGAGGAAAAAACAAAAGCUACAUGAAUAAAUUGUUAUUAAAGUCAUUGAUGUAAAAUAUAUUCACUUUGCAUUAUGUGAUAAGAGGAAAUAUCAUGAUCUCAAAUGACAUUUGAAGCUGGAACCUCCUUAUCUCUGUUACAUUUUGUUCUUGUUGUUGUUGUUGAUUAACCAAUGUCUGUUUUUAUAAACACAAUUUUUAUAUAACUUGUCUCCAUGUUCAGGGAUUCAGACGCCUCAUGAUUUUUUUUUUCAAUUGGACUUUUAACAAAAUAGCUCUGACACUCAUACACACUCACACACACACACACACACACACACACACACACACACACA